UAGGAAAGAAAAAAAAAAAAAAAAAAAGAAAACAUGUCUUGAAUUAGAAAAAAAAAGCUUAUAAAACAUGAAAUUUUAGUAAUUAAUUUUUUUUUUAUACAUAUUUUUAUAUAAUAUAGUAUUUUUUUUUUUUUUAUAUAAAUUAUUUGUUAAUAUAAUAAUAACAGAAAUAAUGGCAUCAGUAUCUUUGUUAAUGACAGCAGAACCUCACCUGGUACCCGGGUAUGCGGGUUUUUGUCCACAGUUUCGUUAUAGAUGUGGUGAAACAUACGGUAAUGUUACACAUAAACUUCUUCUUGAUCCAUGCGUUAAUCAUGCUGAGACACUUGUGUUGACAAAUAGAGUAGCUGGUGAUUAUGAUGUAAUGAGACCAGCCAAAGAUGAUAUUGAUAUUGUUAAUAGACGUUUUAAAGUGAGAGAUUCAACUUAUAAAUAUCCAAUGGUUGAAGGCUAUCAAGGAUUUGUACCAAGAUUAAAUGGUAAAUUAGGACAAAAACAAACAAUUUUAGCAAUUGAAGGUUUAGCUGAUUUUGAACGUCAACAAAUACGUGAAAGAGCUACAUUAAAUCAUUUAAAUAAAGUUAUUGGCCUUCAGGAUAAACGAAUGCAUCCAUUAAGUCUUCAAGAGCGUCAACUAAUCAAGAGUAAUAAUCAAUUACCACUUUCAACUGUCAGACCUGAUUAUACUAGAACAUUACGUAAUUUACCAGUUGAAGAACCUUGUGAACAGCCAAGAAAUCAAAAUCCUUCUCCAUAUUUUAUGGACAAUACAAAUGAACAAAAAUACUUUGUUAGUGGGUAUUCAGGUCACAUACCAUACGGUUAUGCACACUUUGGUGCUUCACAUUUACCAGUAACAAAUAGUGCAUUAUGUGAUUUUACAACAAAUUAUAAAUCAAGACAAAGUACUGAAUGGGCACCAGUAACAAUGUCACAACCAGAACCACCAGUUCUUAUUAGAUCAACUGAUAUUCAUCAUAAAAAUAUUGGUUUAAUACCAAAUUAUCUUGGUCAUGUACCAGGUGCUAGAUUCAGAUAUGGAAAAACAUUUGGCAAUGAUACACGUGAUGGUAAACGUUGGCUUCGUGGUGAUUUUUCGAAUUAAUUAUUUCGAUAAUAUAUAAAAUACAAAAUUUUUAUAAAAAAUAUAUUUAUCAAAUAAUUGGCAAUACAAAAAAUUAAUUACUUUGAUCGGAUUUCCAUUUACGUAAUAUUUUUUCGGCAAUCUGAAGAUUUUCAUCUUUCUAAAAUAUAAAAAUUGAAUUUAUUUUUUAAUAAUA